AGGCCCGCCCCCUCUGCGCUCUCAUUGGCCGGGCGGCCUGUCACUCAGCCGCCUCAGGUGGCUGAGGCGCUGUCAUGGCGGCGGGGGAGGCGGUGAGCGGGGCCCAGCUGGUGGCCGAGGCGCUCCGAGCUCAAAAUAUUGAAUACAUGUUUGGCAUUGUUGGUAUUCCAAUCAUUGAAAUCGCGGUUGCAGCCCAAGCAGUUGGAAUCAAAUACAUAGGAAUGAGAAAUGAACAAGCUGCCUGUUAUGCUGCAUCUGCUAUUGGAUAUUUGACUGGCAGGCCAGGAGUAUGUCUUGUAGUGUCUGGUCCAGGUUUUUUACAUGCCCUUGGUGGGAUGGCAAAUGCAACCGUGAACUGCUGGCCUUUGAUUGUUAUCGGAGGGUCUUCUGACAGAAAUCAGGAAACCAUGGGAGCUUUCCAAGAAUUUCCACAGGUUGAAGCUGGCAGGCUGUACAACAAACUGUCUGUCCGCCCAAGCAGCCUUGAAGUUAUUCCUGCUGUUAUUGAAAAGGCUGUAAGAACCAGCAUGUAUGGUCGUCCAGGUUCCUGCUAUAUUGACAUACCUGGAGAUUUUGUGAAUCUUGAGGUGAAUAAGAGCUCUGUCAAGUACGUAGAAUGCUGCCCACCACCUCCCACCAGCAUGGCUGAACACUCUGCUAUAUCCAAGGCGGUAUCUAUCAUCGCUCAUGCCAAGCAGCCUCUGUUAAUCAUUGGCAAAGGUGCUGCUUAUUCACAUGCUGAAAACAACAUCAGAAAGUUGGUGGACCUUUGUGGACUGCCUUUUUUGCCUACCCCAAUGGCAAAAGGAGUAGUUCCUGAUAACCAUCCAAAUUGUGUAGCUGCAGCAAGAUCCACGGCAUUACAGCAUGCUGAUGUAGUCAUCUUGCUUGGUGCAAGGUUGAACUGGAUUUUGCAUUUUGGUCUUCCGCCAAGGUUUCGACCAGAUGUAAAGGUUAUUCAGAUUGAUAUUUGUGCAGAAGAGCUGGGGAAUAAUGUGAGACCAGCUGCAGUUUUACUAGGUGACAUAAAUGCCGUGACUAAGCAGCUUUUAGAAGAAUUCAGCAAAAGACUACUGAAAUAUCCUUCUAAUUCAGAGUGGUGGAAGAAACUAAGAGAGAAAAUAAAGAACAAUGAGGAAAGAUCAAAGGAAUUAGCAUUGCAGAAAUCCCUGCCUAUGAAUUACUACACAGUCUUUCAUCACAUCAGAGAACUAAUACCCAAGGACAGCAUUUUAGUAAGUGAGGGAGCAAACACCAUGGACAUUGGACGAACUAUGCUUCCUAAUUAUUAUCCCCGUCAAAGGCUUGAUGCAGGUACUUUUGGAACAAUGGGAGUUGGACUGGGUUUUGCCAUAGCAGCUGCACUGGUAGCUAAAGACCGAACACCUGAAAAGCGAGUCAUCUGCAUAGAAGGAGAUAGUGCUUUUGGAUUUUCUGGGAUGGAAGUGGAAACAAUUUGCAGAUACAACUUGCCAAUCGUGAUUAUCGUGGUAAACAACAACGGAAUUUACACUGGUUUGAAUGCGGAUAACUGGAAAGAGAUGUUACAAUAUGGAGAUCCUGCUACAUGUGUACCUCCAGUUUCUCUCCUGCCAAAUUCACACUAUGAGGAAAUUAUGUCUGCGUUUGGUGGUAAAGGAUAUUUUGUUAAAACACCAGAAGAAUUGCAGAAAGCUCUGAAAGCAAGCGUGACUGACAAGCAAACACCUUCUCUUAUAAAUGUAAUGAUUGAUCCACAGUCUGACAGGAAGAAACAGGAAUUUCCUUGGCUUACUCGAUCUAACCUGUAAAAGAAGAUGAAGUUAAUGGUGGUGUAAGGCAACGCAUUAAGGAAAACUAAAUUGGUUUCCAGAAGUGAAACCAGUAAAAUUCUUUUACAUAAACAGUGGAAUGAUGGGAUUUAAAAAAAAAAAAUGAUACUAAAGUAAUCUUUAAGUGCUGAAAUUAGGUAACUGUACAAUGAACAAGACACGUUUUAAUGCAUACUAGGCUUUCUGAGCUGAUUGCACAGAGACAUUGAUGAUAAAACUGUGUAAUUUUUCUUUUACUCAUAGCCAUAUCCAUGAAGAUUUGUAAAUUGGUAUCUACAUUAUCUUAGCUCUGGAAGAAGGGAGUAAGCUGGUGGUUUUUACUGCUAGAAACACUGAAGUCUGCGAUUACAGUAGCUUCACUUUUGUGUGACCAUCGUGUUACUUGUUUGAGAACUGAUCUUGUAAUGAGCAAAAUGAAGGAUCUUAUUAUGAAAGUGCUCGUUUGCCUUGUUGUGCACUGAAGCCCACAGGGGAGAUAGUUGCCUCAUAAUUUUACAUGAUGCUUUUUCAGCUUCUACUCCAGGUAGAAGUAGUGUAUCAAAAAACUCAAGGACUGAGUUUGUCUAUUGCACUUGGGUUGUGAUAGCCUGUUAAAUGGGGCUUCUGGGGCUUGCAGGAAAAAACACUAAAAGUUUGUUUGAAGUUUUACUCUUUGCAAAUGCUCUGUCAUCCCUGUAGGCAGAAAAUGGGACUGAACUCAUUAAUGAGCUUUCCAGGAUUCAUGGAAAAGAGAGUGUUAUCUGGAGCUUAAUGUUUAGUUCAGCUGAUAUCACAAAGCCACUGCCCUAUGCCUGGUUAAUUGUGCAACAAAAGCUCUUCCAUACAGUGUAUUUACUGUAUAGAAACUUAGUGUCCAGCUCCCAUGGACUGUGGUACAGAGCUGAGAUUUUAAAGAGAAGAGGCUGGCCUACUUGAGGCUCUAUCUACUGUUUUCACCUUGCAUCUGACAAUCUGACUUAGAGCCCGAUUACUGUGAGGUAGAGUAUUAUCUCUGUGCACUUCUAUCUGACGUGAGCGAGUGCUGCAGACUGCUGGAGAUAACACUACUUGCUGUGUGUUGGCAAUGUGUAGGUGUAUGUAUAUUUGGGGUGUGAAAACUCUAGUGUAGGACUGCUGAGAUGGCAGAGUUGCUGUGUUCUGUGGGGUCUUCUGCAGGGAGCAUGGAACGACGUUGGGUCUUGGCACAGGUUUUGUUUCAUUCUUCCUUAUAACUUUCCACAAACUUAUUUUAAUAUGUUAACUGAUGUUGAUGUGUUUAACUCAUUAAACACGCUCUACUAUGAUGAUGUAAAAUGUUCAUAAGAGAUAAUGUUGGGGCUGACCAGAGGGGCAAUCAUUUGUAUUUGAUAAACAAAUGCAGAAAUUCUUGUUUGAUAUUUAAAAAUUAAUAAAAAAUAUAUAUUUUCCUGUUGUUUCUCCUUUAA